AAUCAACAACAGAAAAAUAAACAACAAUCGUACCGCAAAUGAAAUCUUGUAAAUGUAACAGUGCGUAUUUGUUGUAUAAGUUAAACUGUUAAAGUGUUAAAAACAUUUACAUCGUAUAAUUACAUUGACUUUAAUUCAUCACCAGCGAUAUAAAUGGCUUGUAGUCUCCGAAUAGAGGGGCUAUUUAUAAUCCGAUAGGCCAAUGUUCUGGUUAUUUUUUAAAACAGUGUCGAAUGUGUUGUUGUUUUUGUUGCCUUUUUUUGGUUAAUGUUGAUUCAAAACACAUGGCCUUUAUUUACCGAUGUCAAACAGUAGCCAAAUAAGCUUUUCGAAUCGAUAAAAUAAAUCAAACAUAUGCUAGAUGAAAAGUAAACAGUUUCUGACAUACACAGUGAAGAAAAAGUUAAAUGACUUCGUUUAAUUGAAGCAGCGGAAAUUUACGUCCGGAGCAAUUAUCUCAUGCGUUACGCAGACAUAGAUAACAUAUGUACCGCACAGGGAAUAUGUAUUCGCAUUCAAAUAAAUGAAAUAAUAGAAAGUGUAGAAAAAAGAAGAAAUAAAAAGUGGCAUCUAGAACGAAAUGGAACACAGCAGUUAAUUUUAAAUUGAUGUUAUCUUGCCCUGAAUCAAUCAUGCGCCCUUGAACAAUGAAAUACACAGUAAUUUUUUCUUAAUUUAUGGCUUCGUUCUUUCCUCCGCAAAUUCGAUUAACGUUGGAGACGAGCUUCAAAACUGUCUGCGUCUACGACAAUAAUUGAAUUUAUUUUAGAUGCAAAAUUUACAGUGCCGACACCAUGGUGAUGACGAAGAUGACAUCGACAAUCAAGUCUAUGUCGACGAAUGCAUGUCGCUCAAUUAAACUUAAUGAAGUAAAUAAAACGUACACUUUUACGGACGAUACACAAAUUAGCAUGCGACUGAAUUAGUAUUACAUUUUCCAGUGUGACUAGGAAGUAAGACAACAUACUUUCAUCGACAUCAAUACACAAAUAGGCUAACGAAUAAACAAACAACGUAUCGCACUACAACACAACGAUGGGAAGAUGUAAAAGAAUGAAAUGAACAAGAGAAACAAGUGAAGUGAAUAAAAUACUGUAAUUUGAAAUAUGUAUGUGAAAUGUGUAGUGAACCAACCGAUUUGAACUAACCGUUUGUAUAUAGUCUUCAUCUUGCUGGUAUGACGUGACGUACGUUGACGACUUUAUUGCGCUCAAUGAAUAACGACGGGAUUGUAAAAUUGUACAGUUAUUCAUAAGUUAUGGACAAUAGCAGACAUUACAAUUUUAUAUUUCAGUGUAGAGUGUUUUCAGUGGCACACCGAAGAAAAACAGUCAAUUGAAACCGAUUUUUGUGCUCCAGUUUUUAUUUUAUUUACAUUCAUUUCAAAGUAUGAUUUAUACAUAGAAAUUGUGGUUGUGACAAUAUUGCCGCAUUGACAACAGUACAUCAGUUGUAAUUGAAAUUGUGAUGUGAAAAGAUGUGCAAAGCAAAAUUAUUAUAAUUUGAAAGAAAGACUAUGACGAAUAAAAGACAAUUUCGUUUGCAAUCAAUGUGUGUUCAAUAAAUUAUCGAAGUUACGAUAGCGCAUUUAAAUUAGAAUAAUAAUUCCAUAAUGUUAAGCAAGAAUUCCAAAAUCAGUGAAUCAUUCGAGCGCAUUUGUGAGACUUUUGAUAUAAAACAGAACGUUUAGAAUUUCAGUGUGUAUCAAGUGAAUUUUUCUGGCUCAUUCAUUUAUAUCAAACCGAUGUAUUGACUGUAUCCGGUGGUGUGACGAAUGUGUCACUGUGCAUAGAACAUUACUGAAGGGAUAUGUUUUCGUUUGACCGGCAUGGAAAUGCGCGAAUUUGAUACGACUGAUUCGGAAACCGAGUUCCUGUUAAAUCCAGAUCGAGACCAUCGAAAUAAAAAUGGCAACCUCGCAUCGAUUGCCUUACAACAAACCCAUCGAAACCGGCGAAAACGUGUUCGUAAAUUAGGCACUAUUUUACGAUUUACUUGCGGUUGCUGGUGGUGGAUAUGGAGAAAGUUCUGUUCACCGCGCGAGCUUCGCUCCCGCACCAUACACAUUGGAAGGCCGUGCGAAGAAAAAUACCCACCAAAUGCUAUUCGAAAUCAGAAAUAUAAUUUUUUCACAUUUCUGCCACUGGUACUUUUCCAGCAAUUCCGUUUCUUUUUAAAUUUAUACUUUCUAAUUAUGGCAAUCAGUCAAUUUCUACCUGACGUUCGCAUUGGGUAUUUGUACACGUAUUGGGGUCCUCUUGGAUUUGUGUUAACAGUAACGAUAUGUCGUGAAGCGGUCGACGAUAUUCGACGUCAUCAACGAGAUCGUGAGGUGAACUCACAAAAAUAUCGUAAAUGUGUCGGACCUGACCAACCAUUACAAAUGGUAUCAUCUUCGAAACUAAAGGUUGGUGACAUUAUUAUCGUUGAAAAAGAUGAACGAGUUCCAGCUGAUUUGGUGCUAUUGCGAACAACUGAAAAAACCGGCACCGUUUUUGUGCGAACCGAUCAAUUAGAUGGAGAGACUGACUGGAAAUUGCGUUUGGCUGUGCCAGCAACACAACGAUUGGCCAACGAUUCCGAAUUGUUCAAUAUACGAAGUAGCAUUUAUGUGGAGAAACCUCAACGGGACAUUCAUUCCUUUAUCGGAACGUUUUCAAAAGAAGGUGGCACCGAAGAAGACAGUUUAGAUUUAGAAAAUACACUUUGGGCAAACACGGUUAUCGCUGCUGGCCGAGCAACUGGUGUCGUCAUUUAUACGGGAUGCGAAACCAGAAGUGUGAUGAACAAUUCAACACCACGAUCAAAAGUCGGUCUCAUCGAUAUGGAAAUCAAUAAUUUGACGAAACUAUUAUUUUGUGCUGUGAUUGGUUUAGCAUUAGUAAUGAUGUGUUUGAAAGGAUUUAAUGGACCAUGGUAUCGAUAUAUGUUUCGUUUUGUGCUGUUAUUCUCAUACAUUAUACCAAUUAGUUUGCGUGUUAAUUUGGACAUGGGUAAAUCAUAUUACUCGUAUAAAAUACAAAAGGACCGUGAAAUUCAAGGCACCGUUGUUAGAUCGACAACUAUUCCGGAGGAGCUUGGUCGCAUUUCAUAUUUGCUUACGGAUAAAACAGGCACUCUUACCCAAAAUGAAAUGGUUUUCAAGAAAAUUCAUUUAGGCAACAUUUGGUAUGGACAUGAAUCCUUCGAUGAUGUUGCCGCAAUUAUACAAUCGCUAAAUAUAUCGGAAAAAUCACAAUUGGAAUCGGUAUAUGCGACGCCACGAACGCGACGAUCGGAUGGAUGGCGAAUCUGGGAAGCGGUCAAAGCAAUUGCUGUGUGUCACAAUGUUACACCAAUAAAUGAAACAAAUAAAAAUGGAAAUGGCAACGGGGACCGUAACUCGCCAACACGUUCGAUAAGCAUUGAAUCAUCACGCGGCGAUGAUGUAAACUAUCAAGCAGCCAGUCCCGAUGAAAUUGCGCUGGUCAAAUGGAGUGAGCAUGUUGGUUUAACAUUGGUUGCACGUGAUUUAGAUUCAAUGACACUUCAAAUACAUAAUGUUAGCAUGAACCGGCGGGCAAGCACAACAUGGGCAAAACCAAAAGCCGAUGUUGGCUCAAUAAAUACAGCCGUUACAAUGCUUACAAAUGCCGAUUCAAAAGAUGCAUUAAAUUCCUCAUCAAGCAGCAACGGUGAUAGUACCCUAACAUUGGAUUCAAUUGCAAAUGCAAAUCAAUUGCGAUAUCAAAUCUUACAAAUGUUUCCAUUCACCAGUGAAAGUAAGCGAAUGGGAAUCAUUGUGAAGGACUUAAACAGCGGAGAAAUUACAUUUUAUUUAAAAGGUGCCGACAUUGUUAUGUCAUCGAUUGUUGAUUCGAAUGAUUGGUGCCAUCGUGAAUGUACAAACAUGGCAAAAGAAGGUCUGCGUACAUUGGUUGUGGCGAAAAAAGUUCUCACCGAAGAUGAAUAUGAAGCAUUUGAACAGGAUUAUACGACGGCAAGAUUGUGUGUUACGGAUCGUGGAGCUCGAAUUUCAGCGGCAGUUGAAAGUCUAGAAUGUAAUAUGGAACUGUUAUGCUUAACCGGAGUCGAAGAUUGUUUACAAGAUCGUGUACCACAAACACUUGAAUUACUACGAAAAGCUGGCGUGAAAAUAUGGAUGUUGACUGGUGAUAAAUUAGAAACGGCUACUUGCAUUGCCAAGAGUUCACAUUUAGUUGAAAGUAACCAAGAGAUACAUGUGAUAAAAAGUGUCAAUACAAGAACCGAUGCACACAUUGAAUUAAAUCAAUUCCGACGAAAGCGAAAUUGUGCGCUGGUUGUGUCUGGUGAAAGUUUGGAUGUGUGUUUGCAUUACUAUCAAAGUGAAUUCAUGGAAUUAGCCACACAGUGUCCGGCUGUUGUUUGCUGUCGAUGCAAUCCAACACAGAAAGCUCAAGUUGUUUCACUGAUCCAAGAACAUACCGAAAAACGUACGUGCGCCAUCGGUGAUGGUGGUAACGAUGUUAGUAUGAUUCAACAAGCCGAUGCAGGCAUUGGGAUCGAAGGACGAGAAGGAAGACAAGCAUCAUUGGCAGGCGAUUUUAGUAUAACUCAAUUUUCGCAUAUUGCCAAAUUAUUGCUUGUGCAUGGAAGACGUUCCUACAAACGAUCGGCUGCAUUGUCACAAUUUGUAAUUCACCGUGGUCUAAUCAUUUCCACCAUGCAAGCUGUGUUUUCUGCUGUUUUCUAUGUCUCAUCGGUGGCAUUGUAUCAAGGUUUUCUCAUGGUUGGCUAUGCAACUAUCUACACAAUGUUCCCAGUGUUUUCGCUUGUACUUGAUCAAGACAUAAGCUCACAAAUGGCAUUAACAUAUCCUGAACUAUACAAGGAGCUGUCAAAGGGACGUAGUUUGAGCUAUAAAACAUUCUUCAUAUGGGUUUUGAUUAGCAUUUAUCAAGGCGGCGUAAUUAUGUACGGAGCACUGGUUUUAUUCGAAGAUGAAUUCAUUCACAUUGUUUCGAUUAGCUUUUCGGCUUUGAUUCUUACUGAACUUAUUAUGGUUGCAUUGACAAUUCGAACAUGGCACAGGUUGAUGGUCAUGGCCGAAAUAUUUAGUUUGCUGCUUUAUGUACUGUCUUUGGUCAUUUUGCACGAUUAUUUUGAUUGGGACUUUAUUUGGUCAUUCGAAUUCUUGUGGAAAGUGCUGGCGAUUACGUUGGUCUCAUGUUUGCCGCUAUACAUAAUAAAAUUCUUGCGGAAAAAAUUCUCACCGCCCGCAUAUUCAAAAUUGUCAUAAACAAAUUAUGACAGGGACUAACAAUUGCGCCAAAUUAGCUAAACAAUCAGUACAAGAAAUUAGUUAGAUAAAAGGAUAUAAGACUUAAUGAUAAGUCUCAUCGAUACAAACUCACCAAAAAUGAGUGUACAUCUUAGACCGACGGAUUUCUCUCGAUUCAAGACACAAAAACAUUCAUAAUGAAUUUCACAUAAAUUUGUCUUUCCUUUCAAUAUUGAUUCAAUCACACUGUAAUUAGACCAACACACACCAUAUAUAUAAUUAUUUAUUCUAGAGAAAAGAAAAGAGUCAUGGCCAUUUUUUAUUGAAUCAAUGAGCGUUAUAUUUUCAAUUCAAUUUGUAAGGUCACCUA